AAGCCCGGAAGUGUUGUUCAGCCUCGACGAUGUGCCUCAUUAGCUAAAAGCUCGUUUUCCUAGAAUAAAUAUAUAUUUUUAUUUUUUCAAUAGAAAGUAACGUGACUCAUCCGUUUCAUUCAGCUCUUUGGAGGAAGGAAAUGGCAUGAGUAAAUGAUGCUACAGUCACCUGCUUGCAGAGGACCCCCUGCCCCUGUCGUCGCUGAGGCUACUGGUUCCACCUCUGAGGGUGAUGACGGCUGUGAUGUGGAAGGUUGUUCGUCUGAGGAGCAUCCCUCAUUAUGGAAUGGUGGAGGAGUUUGUUUCCUUAGUAACUGAAGCUGUCCCUGACAUCUUAACAGACAGGCAGAUGAGACUGCUCAGUCUGGGCUUAAGAGCAAAGGUGACAUUGCAGAUGUUACGUUCUGAACAUUCAGAAGAUCUUGGUGGUGUUAAAACCCUCUUAAACAGCCUUCUGACAACUACCUCAAAACAGGUUCAUCCAAGAAACGAAGCUCCUGUAGCCAACUUUGUCAGGCUUGUUAGAAGACUCCUGGAGGAUCCGAAAGAGAGGGAGCACUUCUUCAUGAAUGUGUUUCCUGUGGAGUUUGGACCUGACUUUGAUAUAGCUCUGGAGACACUGAUUUGUGACUUCCUCACCCGACUGGAAGAGUUGCUGCUCAUACCAAACUUCAAGCAGACUGCAGUGUGGAUGAGUGACACACCCUCCGGGCUAGAAGAAUACAUGCAGUGUGUAUACAAAGAGGAUGACCUUAAAGUACUGCUCAGAAGCAAGGCCCACUGUGGUAAAAUGGCCGAUAUGGAUGCCAGUGUGCCCUCUCCCUCGGAGCAGCAGCUGUUCUCAUCAUUAUCCAGCCCUCCCUCACUGCUAGAGAGUACCGCCAAAGAUGCAGAAAUCAAUGCAGCAAUACAGAUCCAGAGAGAAUCUGAUGGAAUUCCUCCCCGGGACGCAGGAAGUAUGGCGAUACAGGAUGCAACAUGGCCAGCUGAGGAGGAAACCAACACGUGGUGCAGCAGCAAUGCAGAACAAACAAUUGCAGAGACAUGCAGUGACAGCAUUCCUGAUGCUGAUGUAGUGGAGGAGCAUUGCGGCAGGAUGUCGGGCACCUGCGAUGGAGCUCCCGCUACAUCUACUGAGAGUCUGAUAUUGUCCAGCUCCGUGAUUGACGCUCCACAGCAGAGAGUUGCACAGAAAUGCACUCAGUGUGGAAAGUGCUUUGUAUAUCGUUACGAACUCCUGGAGCAUCAGAGGCUGCACACUGGAGAAAACCCUUACAAGUGCUCCCAGUGCGGGAAAGCCUACAGGAGGAGCUCUGAUCUGUCAUAUCACAGGCGGAAACGGUGCCCAAAAGCAGCUCAUAUUUGCAUCAAAUGUGGGGGUACUUUUCAAUCAAUGCAGGAACGAUGUAAACACCAGUGUUAUGUCCCAAAGUUUGACUGUUCUCAUUGCGGAAAGAGCUUUAAGACAAAGCACUUGCUGAGUAAGCAUGAAGUGACUCACAGCCAGGAACGGGUGUUCACGUGCAGACAGUGUAGGAAAGCGUACCCCAAUAUUACUGAGUUAAGAUCCCACCAGAGGAUCCAUCCUGCCGACUUGUCCACUCCAUGCACGCAGUGUGGGAAGUAUUUCCGCUCUGUGGCCAGUUUGGCAGCCCACGAGCUGCACCACAGGAGACCGAAAACCCAGGUGUGUGUGAGUUGUGGCAAAGCUUUCAGGAACAGUCAUGAGCUGAAUCUCCACAUGCGCAGUCACACGGGUGAGAAGCCAUUUCAGUGCACAUACUGUGGGAAAAGUUUCUCCGCAAGAGGAAACCUGAACGUCCACAUAAGGAUCCACACUGGAGAGAAACCGUAUAUGUGCACUGACUGCGGCAAGGCUUUUGUUUCAGCCGGCGAGCUGCAAAUACACAGACGCACGCACACGGGGGAAAAGCCGUACAAGUGCACUGUGUGUGGGAACGGAUUCACCAUGGCGAGCAAAUUGACAGUGCAUAUGCGCGUUCACACCGGAGAGCGUCCUUUCAUCUGUUUUGAGUGUGGGAAAGGUUUUUCACGUGGCCACGAAUUGAAAAAACAUACCAUGACUCAUACAGGGGUGCGACCGUACGCUUGUCAGCAUUGUGAGAAGGCUUACACGUGCCACAACCACCUGAAGAGACACUUGAAGACUCACACUGUGGUGCAAAUUCCAUAGAUUACCAUUUGACCUAAUUCUGGAUGUAUUGGUGCAAUUAGCCAGUACUGAUAGCGAUGCUGAUUUAAUGCCAUCUCCAUCUCCUGUAAGGACUGUGUUGCAAAGGUUCUUGUUUUCAAUGACUGAUUCUUGAUUUAUUUGUUUCCGGAUCUUUUCUCAUUGUAUCCUCUGCAAAUAAAUUCAAACGUAUUACUGUUUUUCUGUGACACCCUCAAACAAUAAAUUCCCAAUAAGCUAUGA